CAUAUAUCGGGGCUCCCUGUGCUGUACGGCGCUUGCUGACUGCUGGGUAGCAAAACAACUUUGAAAACAAGUUGUUGUAUAUUGUUAGACAUAUAUCGUUACACACCAGAGAAUCUUGACAUUAACAGGGAGCGGACAAAAUGCCUGCGGUGUCCAAAGGGGAUGGGAUGCGUGGCCUGGCCGUGUUCAUCUCUGACAUCAGGAACUGUAAAAGUAAAGAAGCAGAGAUUAAGAGGAUAAACAAAGAACUGGCCAACAUCCGCUCUAAAUUUAAAGGAGACAAGGCUCUAGACGGCUACAGCAAAAAAAAGUAUGUCUGCAAGCUGCUCUUUAUCUUCCUCCUCGGCCACGACAUCGACUUCGGACACAUGGAGGCCGUCAACCUCCUCAGCUCCAACAAAUACACAGAGAAACAGAUAGGUUACCUGUUCAUCUCAGUGCUGGUGAACUCCAACAGCGACCUGAUCCGUCUCAUCAACAACGGAAUUAAGAACGACCUGGGCAGCCGCAACCCCACCUUCAUGAACCUGGCCCUGCACUGCAUUGCCAACGUGGGCAGCAGAGAAAUGGCGGAGGCUUUCGCUGCAGAUAUUCCUCGCAUCUUAGUGGCAGGGGACACCAUGGACAGUGUGAAGCAGAGCGCAGCACUGUGUCUGCUACGACUCAACAGGACGUCUCCUGACCUGGUGCCCAUGGGUGAAUGGACAGCCCGAGUGGUCCAUCUGCUCAAUGACCAGCACCUGGGAGUGGUAACAGCAGCCACCAGCCUCAUCACUACUCUGGCUCAGAAGAGUCCUGACGACUUCAAGACCUCCAUCUCACUGGCUAUAGCCAGGCUGAGCAGGAUUGUGACUUCAGCAUCCAUCGACCUCCAGGACUAUACAUACUACUUUGUAGCUGCACCCUGGCUAUCUGUGAAAUUGCUGCGUCUGCUACAGUGCUACCCUCCACCUGAGGAUGCAGCGCUGAGAAGUCGACUAACAGAGUGUCUGGAGACCGUCCUCAAUAAAGCCCAGGAGCCACCCAAGUCCAAGAAGGUCCAGCACUCCAAUGCAAAGAAUGCAGUUCUGUUUGAAGCCAUCUCCCUCAUCAUCCACCAUGACAGUGAGCCCACCCUGCUGGUCCGAGCCUGCAACCAGCUGGGUCAGUUUCUGCAGCACAGGGAGACCAACCUGCGUUAUCUGGCUCUGGAGAGCAUGUGCACACUGGCCAGCUCUGAGUUUUCUCACGAGGCAGUAAAGACACAUAUAGAAACUGUGAUCAACGCUCUGAAGACUGAGCGAGAUGUGAGUGUGCGUCAGCGGGCUGUGGAUCUGCUGUACGCCAUGUGUGACCGCAGCAACGCCAAGCAGAUAGUGGCAGAGAUGCUGAGCUACCUGGAGACAGCUGAUUACUCCAUCAGAGAGGAAAUAGUGCUCAAAGUGGCCAUCCUGGCAGAGAAGUACGCUGUGGACUACACCUGGUACGUGGACACCAUCCUCAACCUCAUCCGCAUCGCCGGGGACUACGUCAGUGAGGAGGUGUGGUACCGUGUCAUCCAGAUUGUCAUAAACAGAGAUGAUGUCCAAGGCUACGCUGCCAAAACUGUUUUUGAGGCACUACAGGCUCCCGCCUGCCACGAGAACCUGGUUAAAGUGGGAGGUUACAUUCUGGGAGAAUUUGGUAAUCUGAUUGCUGGAGACUCUCGCUCCAGCCCUCUGGUCCAGUUCAACCUCCUCCACUCCAAGUUCCACCUGUGCUCCGUGCCGACGCGGGCGCUCUUGCUGUCGGCCUACAUCAAGUUCAUUAACUUGUUUCCUGAGGUGAAGGCCACCAUCCAGGACGUCCUGCGCUCAGACAGCCAGCUCCGCAACGCUGACGUGGAGCUUCAGCAGAGAGCCGUCGAAUACCUGAGACUCAGCUGCAUCGCCAGCACUGAUAUACUGGCCACAGUCUUAGAAGAGAUGCCUCCGUUCCCAGAGAGAGAGUCCUCAAUCCUGGCCAAGCUGAAGAGGAAGAAGGGUCCGGGCCACUUGCCGGACAUGGACGACACCCGGCGGAACGUCAACGGCAACACAGAGCACAGCGAGACCCCUGAAACCCCGGCCAAGUCUUCUCCCUCACUGAUGACAGAGCUUCUCCCCACCAACAGACCCCGCCCUGCCUCCUCUAGUCCCAUCAUGCUCUCUGCUGGGACCAUGAGUUCCUCCCACCCCUUCACAGACCUGAUGAAUAUGAACUCCACCCCGUCAGCAGGAGGAGGAGGCAGCUUGUUGAUCGACGUCUUUUCUGACAACUCCUCUCCUGCUUCCAUGGAUGCGUCUGAGGAUAAUUUCUUCAGAUUCGUUUGCAAGAACAACGGAGUUCUCUAUGAAAACCAGCUUCUGCAGAUUGGACUCAAGUCUGAGUACAGACAGAAUCUGGGUCGUAUGUAUGUGUUCGUUGGCAACAAGACGUCGACCCAGUUCCUCAGCUUCGCCUCAGAAGUGGUCAGCCAGGACGAGCUCAAAACUCAGCUGAAUAUCCACACUAAGACAGUAGAACCCCUCAUAGAAGGUGGUGCUCAGGUCCAGCAGAUCCUCAACAUCGAGUGUGUGUCUGACUUCACAGACGCACCAGUGCUCAACAUCCAGUUCAGAUACGGUGGGGCUCUUCAGAACAUCUCAGUGAAGCUCCCUGUGAUGCUUAACAAGUUUUUCCAGCCCACUGAGAUGGCAUCUCAAGACUUCUUCCAACGCUGGAAGCAGCUCGGAGCUCCUCAGCAGGAGGUUCAGAAAAUCUUCAAAGCCAAACAUUCGAUGGACACAGAGGUUACCAAGGCCAAGAUCUUGGGCUUUGGUGUAGCUCUGCUGGACGGCGUGGAUCCCAAUCCUACAAAUUUUGUAGGAGCAGGAGUCAUCCACACUAAGAGCACUCAGGUGGGCUGCCUCCUCAGACUGGAGCCCAACACACAAGCAGAGAUGUACCGUCUCACCCUCCGGACCAGCAGGGAGUCAGUGUCUCAGAGACUGUGUGACCUCCUCUCUGAACAGUUCUAGACUGGACCCAGCACCAGCACCAGCAUUACUCCACAUUUACUCUCCUAGUCUCACUUUAGAUUGGAAUUGAUGUAUUUGUACAGUGUAAAUUCCUUUUUCUUUUUUUAUUUUAUUUGACUUACUCUACAUGUAAAUGAAAAGAAAUGUAUUUUUGGCACACAGCUUUACUAAUAUUGUCACUGCUUUAAACUGCCCUGUACUGUAUGUGUGUGUGUGUGUGUGUGUGUGCGUGUGCGCGUGUGUACUCACACUGUGAGCACCUUAGCCGACAUGUUGCGGGUGGUGCAAGAGGCUCUGAAUGCUUCUCUGUAGUGUUCUGCAGCUCCAAAGGUUUGAAAUAGUGUGUUUUUUGAGUACUGCCUUUCUUCUCACUGAAACAGUUUUGAGGAGCGUUAGGAAGCAUCGAUCAGAUUACCAAGCGUACCAAUGAAUUCAAUAAUCAACUAUUAGCGUUUCUAUGAGAUAUUUUAUUCUUGUAGUGUUUCAAACGAAUGUUGCACAGAACCGGGAAGCUUUCCUCAACUCCUCACCCAUUUUGCACUUGUUAGAUUAAAAAAAAAAGGUCACAUCAGAAAGAUUUAGACAAGAGGAUUUUGACUUUAAUCUCAGAAUUCUUACUUAUCUCACAAAUUUGACACGCGUCGUCUCAGGAGCAAAGCUAUGCAUUGUGGAUUUUUUUUUUUUUAAGCUAAAAGACUUUGAAUGCUUUUUUUUUUUUUGUUCCGUUGUGGGAAUUUUUAAGCUUUGCAGAAAUGUUACACCUAUAGAUAGUUUAAACACUCAAAUAAAAUAGCAAACACUUCCUUUAGUACACUAGGUAGCAAAUGGGUAAGGAUUUCUGAUAGUGAUGGAAUUCAGUGUCAGUUUUUUUCCCCUCAUAUCUACAAAACUCUCUGGCCCUCAUCUUCCUUCUUCCACACAGUUGUGCCUUUUGAGCUUUUAAUACACUGUCAAGUACAGAAAGCCUUUAAAAUGGACACAAGUAAUAUCCUUCAAAUCUAAAGCACUACCGCGCUGUCUCACUAUUAUUGCCUAAAUGCAUUUAUUCACAGAGCACUUUCCUAACUGGAAAUAUUUCUAUAUUUCAAUACCGUGCUGUGUAUUUUCUGUUUUAUAAAUCGUACUUUUGUCAUAUGCCUUGAUGACAUAUUUGAUGUGUCCUCGUCUUUUAAAACACACAAACGAAAACUCAGCCACGUCUUAAACAUUUUUUAGACUAAAGUGUUUCACACAUAAAUAUUAUCUGUGAUUUUGAACAAUUUGGCUAAUUGGCAAAAACCAACCACUCUAUAAAGGAGGAAUCACAGAUUAUUUUUAUAUGUUUUGUUAAAGGAAUAGUUUAAUAUUUUGGGAAAUAAGUUUAUUCACCUUAUUGUCGAGAAUUAGACGAGAUUAAUAACACUGUCAAAUGUUUAUGCUAAAUUUGAAGCUGGAGCCGGGAGGCAGUUAGUUUAGCAGAAAGACGGAAUGGUGGGAAUGACUCGUUUCUGUCCAAAGGUUAAAAAUGCACCUGCCGGAACAUCUAAACCUCACUCACGUAACCUGUUAUGCCUUGUUUGUUUAAUCCAUACACACAAAAAACUAAGUGUAAAAACAAUGAGAUGUGAAGGGAAUUUUAGUUCUGCACAUAAUCUUCCCUAAAACCAUUUUUUUAUGGAGGAGACAAAUGAGUUAUAUUGUCAUAACUAGUACUGAUCUAUGGAGGUUCUGGAAGGCAGUUCUUCAUCGUUGGACAGUAUAUCUUUCUCUCCUUUCAGUCUUCAUGCUAAGCUAAGCUAAUUGACUCCUGGCAGGAGCUUCUUAUUAAAUGGACAGAUAUGAGAGUGGUAUCGAUCUUCUCAUCUAACUUGGCAAGAAAACAAGUGAGGAAAUAUCCCAAAGUGACAAACUAUCUCUUUAAGAGCUUUCCAUCAGCAGUAGCAAUCACAAUGAAUAAGAAUAUAAGAGCAAAUGUAAGUGAAUAAUGAAAUGGUUGACUCAUGACUCAGCUUAUCAGGUAUCUUAAAGUGGGGCUGAGAAGCUUUACUGCGAUGUGUCAUUUCACUAAACAUUUUAAAAUGGAUAGCCUUCACUUUGCCCAGAAGCAUUUCUCCUCUUAUGUGGGCUCAUGUCUUAUUGGAUAUGAGGUUUCACAUCAGUUAAAUGCAGCCAACUUGGACCUUUGGGUGUCUUCAGGUUUAUCUACUUACUGUUAUCAAGCAUGUGAGAGCCCAGUAGUGAUACAGAAGAGUUACUGAGUACCAUCUGUUGUUCAGCAUCUUACUGUCAAGAUCACCAAAGGGAUGGAGUUGGAGUGUUUAGUUGUGUAAAGGGGUGAAAUUUAGGGAUUACAGCUUUGACUGAUGACUGACAGUAAGCACUGAUGUUCUUUCUAGUCUGUGUUGUAUUAGAAGACCAUGGACACACUGAAGCAGGUUGAUACUGUAGGUGCCAACUGGGAUUAGUUUAAACCUCUAAUCAAUAUUUUACCAAUGGAUCAAAGGUGUAAUGUGAAAGAUGUCAUUCAUGGUGAUGAACUCACAUAGCAUCUUUCAGCUUGUCACGCUUGUAACGGUUUAGAUUCAGUCUCACGGCUCUCACCGGUGUCCAGAUGCAGCUAUCGGCAAAAAAAGUUCAAAUAUAAACUGUACGAUACCUUUCCAGCACGUUUUGGCAUUUCAUAUAGUAUCUUUCGGACAUUUUUAUACCAUUUUAUUAAGGAGGGGACAGCAAAGAGAUUAGCAAUGAUAUCAAACAAGACCCUUUAGCAGAUUUGGAUCAUUGUGAUUCAUUGUUGGCGCCUUAACUCGUAGGUCACCGAGGUACUAGCUGGUGAACAUAGCGAAGCAUUUAGCAGCUAAAGAGCCAGACAUUUCCUUCAAUGGUUGGUGGCUACCAUAACAGAGCUCAAAGGUUACAAGGUUAGCAGGACUAUGAAUAAUAAUGUUGCUCAGUAUUUGCUGGGUGUGUAAGCAACUGUUAGCUGCUCACCAUGUCAGCUGUAUGAUAAUAUGUCGGUGUUGUGUUUACAGCUUGUGUCUGAUGCCCCCUGUUGGCCAAAAAGAUCUGUCGCCACAGGUGUAAAGCAACGUUCUGUUUUAUAACCUGGAUCUCGUUAGCUGGUUUUGAUCCAGUACACUUACAGUACAGUUUGGCAUAAUGUUGCACUAAUGUUACAAAAAAAAAACAAGUCAAGUGAGCUCAGCUGGACCACAAGUUCACACCAGAAUCCAGACGGGGCCACAGAAAAACAAGCUUUCAUUGGCUUUGAAACAUGUCCAGACUAAACCAAUCAGCCUCAUGGGUUCAGUCUUUAUUUCAUCUCCAAAUAACUUUGAUACUGACUAACUACUGAAACUGCCUCCUGUGGGUUCACUGUAUUCUGAUGGAAAACACUGUGUCCAUAGAUACAAGCUUAUGCUAAACUAAACUUGUAGAUUUGUUUGGCCAGAAUUGUCAUUAAGACCCAGUUUGCAUCCAUGGUACAAUAUCCAUCUCUCAGCUAGUCACAGUGCUGUUGUUUUCGUGCCUUUCUAACAAGUGCUCAGCCUCCCUCUGUGACACAGGAUUAUGCUGCAUUAUUAGAAAACAAUAUAUAUAAAAGGCUGGACAUGUUGUUGCUAUGUAAAUGUAAUGUCAUUUAAACAUCCAUAUCCCCAAAAAAUGUUUUUACCAAUAAAAAUAAAAUAAAAAUCUGCAAGACGUUGCUUGUUUUGUAACAGAAAAAAAUGCAUAUUCAUACUAGUUUGCCUAUAGAAUAUGUUCAAUAACACUCACAUUACAUAAACCUUCAUUCUACUUUAAAAUCGGUUGACAGUUGACUGCUGAUAUCUCUAAUAUAAAUCUUACUGCUUUCUGGCUUGUGUUGAGUUACCUUUUUUUUUUCUUUUUUCU